AUGACCAUCGCUGUGCUCCUAGCCCUCGCGCUCGCCCAGUCUGCCGCGGCCGCGCGGGCGCUGAGACAGCAGCCGGCCUCGAUCCUGCCACUGUUGCCGGGCGCACCCCAACCCCAGCACAAGACGCCCGUCUUCAAGCAACAGCUGGGCACCAACUCUGGCCGCAACAACGGCGGGGACAGCAGCGGCGCGUCAAGCGAGGCGCUCUUCAACUUGAACCAGGCCCAAACGCAGCAGGGCCGCACCGGCUCCGCCGUGACGGUGGCCCUCCAGACAGCCAAGGCUGGGCGCCAGAACCCGCUCACCAGGAGCGUCAUCGGCCAAAACCAGGCCCAAGCCAUUGUCGGCAACGCCGCCAGCGGCGGAGGUGCCCUGAACGCUGCCAAGGAGCAGUAUGGCAACCUGCAGUACCAGACGCUUGGCCAGGGCCUCACGACCGGCAGUGACACGCGGACCGCCCUGGCCAACAUCCAGGCGCAGAGCGACAUCCAGGCCAGCCUGGACUCUGGCAACGCGUUCAGGGCCACGCAGGGCAACGCUGACAGUGCGCUGGCAACCACCUUCAAUGGAGCUCAGACCCACGAGUUCACGACCAACAACAACUAG